GCGAGGAGCCAGCGACGGAGCCCCUGCCGCAGCGAUGACGGAGGCCUCGGGGGUCCCCGUGGAGGGGCCCGGCCGCCCCUGGGCGCCCCCCUCGGCCUAGCCUCGGCCCGGCGUCCUCCCGUGCCCUCGCCAUGGGAGGCUGCUUCUCCAAGCCCAAGCCAGUGGAGCUCAAGAUCGAGGUGGUGCUCCCCGAGAAGGACCGAGCCAAGGAGGACGCGUCUCCCAACGGGCAGGCCAGCCCUCUGGCCUACAAAGCCAACGGCCGGGCCCGGCACUACCACCCAGAAGACCGGCCGUCCACCUUGCACCCCUACCCCAGCCCUCACGACCGAGUGGAGGCCGCCGUGUGCCACGUCAAAGACUUGGAGAAUGGCCAGAUGCGCGAGGUGGAGCUGGGCUGGGGCAAGGCCCUGCUGGUGAAGGAGAACGGCGAGUUCCAGGCCCUGGGCCACAAGUGUCCCCACUACGGCGCCCCCCUGGUGAAAGGGGUCCUCUCCAGGGGCCGGGUUCGAUGCCCCUGGCACGGCGCCUGCUUCAACAUCGCCACCGGAGACAUCGAGGACUUCCCGGGCCUAGACAGCUUGCCCAAGUUCCAGGUGAAGAUCGAGAAGGAGAAGGUGUACAUUCGAGCCAGCAAACAGGCCCUGCAGACCCAGAGGAGGACCAAGGUGAUGGCCAAGUGCAUCUCGGUCAGCAAUUACCACGUGGGGAGCACCAACAUCCUGAUCGUGGGCGCCGGGGCGGCCGGCUUGGUGUGUGCAGAGACCCUGCGGCAGGAGGGCUUCUCCGACAGGAUUGUGAUGUGCACAAUGGACAGACACCUCCCUUACGACAGGCCCAAGCUCAGCAAGUCGCUGGACUCCCAGCCAGAGCAGAUCGCCCUGCGGCCCAAGGAGUUCUUCCUGACUUACGACAUUGAAGUCCUGACCGAGACCCAGGUUGUCACAGUGGACGUGAAGAACAAGAAAGCAAUAUUCAAGGAUGGCUUUAAGAUGGAGUACAAUAAGUUGCUCUUGGCCCCAGGAAACACCCCCAAGACACUCAGCUGCAAAGGAAAGGAUGUAGAGAACGUCUUCACUAUUCGGACCCCGGAAGAUGCCAAUCGGAUAGGGAAGCUGGCCCGCGGGAGGAACGCCGUGGUGGUUGGGGCUGCCUUCUUGGGAAUGGAGGUCGCUGCGUACCUGAACGACAAGGCCCACUCCGUGUCUGUGGUGGAGUUGGAAGAGACGCCAUUCCGGAAAUUCCUUGGGGAGAAGGUUGGCCGAGCCCUCAUGAAGAUGUUCGAGAACAAUGGCAUCAAGUUUUACAUGCAGACUGAGGUCUCGGAGCUCCGGGCCCAGGAGGGGAAGCUGAAGGAGGUGAUAUUGAAGAGUGGGAAGGUGGUCCGGGCUGACGUCUGUGUGGUGGGCAUCGGUGCUGUCCCAGCCACAGGCUUCCUUAAGCAGAGCGGAAUCAACAUGGACGCCCGCGGCUUCAUUCCUGUGAACAAGAUGAUGCAGACCAACAUCCCUGGCGUCUUUGCGGCUGGGGAUGCUGUCACCUUCCCGCUGGCCUUGAGAGGCAACAAGAAAGUGAACAUCCCACACUGGCAGAUGGCCCACAUCCACGGGCGGGUGGCGGCCCAGAACAUGCUGGCCCAGGAAGCCGAGAUCAGCACCGUGCCCUGCCUCUGGACCGCCAUGUUUGGGAAGAGCAUCCGUUACACGGGCUACGGGGACGGCUUCGACGACGUCAUCAUCCAGGGCGACCUGGACGAGCUCAAGUUCGUCGCCUUCUACACCAAGAGCGACGAGGUGAUCGCCGUGGCCAGCAUGAACUACGACCCGAUCGUCUCCAAAGUGGCCGAAGUCCUGGCGUCGGGGAGGACGAUCCGCAAGCGCGACGUCGAGCUCUUUGUUCGUCUGGGCAAGACCGGAGACAUGUCGUGGCUCACUGGCAAAGGCUACUGAAGGCCUGGCAGGCCGAGCAGCCGGCGGGCGGGAUGGGCAGCUGCUCGCUCGGACUCUUGCCAACCCCCCCCCCCCCCGGAGCCGAAUCUGGACUGUGUCCCCUGCUGCUGGGGCGUGUGUGACGGGGACGCCCGCAGAUCCCGCCCGUCCACAGGACAGCCUGUCUGCCUCUCGGGGCUCCGUUUCCUCAUCCGGAAUCGAGGGAGCUGGGCCCAGUGAGCCUUGGGAUGAGCCUUUCCCCUUCCGGGGAGCGGCUGAGUUUGGGGGCCACAGCAGGCCCGUCAGACCCCACCUUCCUCCUCCUCCUCCUCGCAGACCUAGCAAUAAUAGGCAAUAAAGGAGUCUCGUUUUUGUGUUGAACAAGA